CUUUUCGAUGUUAGGAUUUAUUAAAUAACGAAAACGACGCGAAAUCGGCAAAUACAGAAGCAAAUACUCAGUGACUCGUCAAGAGAGGAAAUCUUGAGAARUUGUUAAAGUAUCCGAGACCAACAUGGACUAUGAAUGAAGAACGUAGUGCUUUGCGAAGAGCCUCAGCCUUGAACUUAUUGUUUCCAACAUGAGAAUAAACAAAAGAGCUUGUCUUCUGGUGGCAUCACAGUACAUACUAUCAUUAUUAUUUUCCUUUGCUAAGUGUGACGACAACGCAUCUCAUCAUUUUUGUCAAGUACAGUUUYUUGGUCAGGAGUUUUCCAAGCUGGACGCAGGGAAGAAUUCAAGUCAAGAGUUUGAAGUGAGAACAUGGUUUAAAACUAGAAGUCUUUAUGGCUUACUAGUGGCUUUAGUUCGGAAUGACAGCGAUUGGGAUGGAUUUGAUUUAGCAAAUGGCAGCAUAAGGAGUAUCAGCUCAAGCAGAACCCCCUUAAUCACGACAAGCUCAGCUAGAACAUUAGUUUCCAUGGUGACUGUCAAUCAAUGGUAUCAAAUGYACAUCAAAAUAAACCAAAACAUUAUUAAAUUAUCAAUAACAGGAGAAUUAGUCAACUUUACAGAUACUGUUCACAACACMCGUGAGAUUAAAGUUAUUUAUCUUGGUGGAAUUCCCUUAAAAUUGCACAAAAUGGCAAUGCCUUCCGUUCUCAAYUUUACUGGAUGCAUGAGCAAGAUGGCUGUCACUAGGUUUGGCAUUUGGGAUUUCAAMAAAUAUUGGAAUAGAAAGAUUUCGUUACUCUGUCAAACUAGUAGCUGCAAAGAAAGAACUGCAAGCUUAAGUGGAGGAGAUUCCACGGUAACACUUUUAAGGACUCUGAAUGAGAAGUCUAAAAAUUUAUACAUGAGUUUUCAAUUCAGAACAAAACAAAAGGACGCUUUYCUGGCUGAGUGGAACCACAAAUCAUUUGAUGUGCAGUUCAUUAUAAACGAUGGGCUUCUACGAGUUCGUCUAUGUUCAAAACCAAACAACACGAAAACACUUACAUCUGAUGUUGGGGAAAUUCCCCAAGGCGAAUGGAACAAUAUUGAGAUGGCAUUCUCAACAUUAAAGUCUAAACUACUUUUAACACUAAAUGGGAAAGGGCAUGAAAUUGGGGUACCAAGACACUUUUCUCCUUUGCUAACGCGUUCAAGGUUCGUUCUAGGUGGGACUGGAAAAGGUUUYGUUGGGUGCAUAAGAAAUGUGAUCUGCCAGAAUAGCAUCAUAAACUUCAGUAYCAAGCCACGCUGGGUCAAACUCAACCRUGUGGUAGUAGGAGAUUGUAACCCAACAAAYAGGKCCACGACGAACCUCCUCGGAAACACAACAGAUAACAUAUCGAGCACGUUCGUUAACAUUUCGGAUGUCUUCGGUAAUACGACAGACCUAUUCGGUAAUGGCUCGAUAGUUCACCAGGRAGACMCCAAUCCAACUGUGUCUGACAUAAGUCUGUUUUACCAAGUCACAGCUACAAUUGUGAUUGUACUCUUUGUGUUGAUUGUAUUUUAUGUUGCUUUCGUAUUGAUAAAGAAUAAAUUCCAAAAACAUCGUAAGAAAGAUGACGAGCAGGAAGAGCGCAUGAGCAGUAGGCAGUGUCGUCGCAGUGACAUUGUUUCACURCCUGACGUCUCUAUGCAUGAAGAGMAAGAAAACCGAUCAAAUAAAGAAAGACCUGUCAUAGAGCAAGAGAAAAGAUAUAGUCAACAAGUGAAGUAUCCCAAGAAUGAGGGACGCAACGAUGUGCGAUUGUUAAGCCCAACUUUWGAAAAUGUUAAUCGCAAUAGUUUYAUGUUUUUGACGCCUCAGCUACAAACAAGGGCCCAGCAAUUUAGCUUUACAGAUAUCCCUUGUGUUAUUCUUACWUUACAAGACGAACAAGCCGCAUUUCAGAGCAAAAAUGAUAGUGAACAAACAAAAAGUUGUCAUAACUCAAACCAUGAAGAUAUAACGCACGAAGAGGCUAAGAGUCCCCGUAUCUCACAAAAUACAUCCAAGAAGGUCACCGACACUCUCAACCCUUCUUUCAUUCUCAAUCCUAAAGUCAGUUCAACUUAUAACUGGGCUUACUUUCGCCCUGAUUCAGAGACUGAAUGCAGCGAGAGYGAAAAGAUGAGACCRACUAAACUCGACGCUAGCUAUAGACCUUUCUCGUUGAGAAUACUUGAAGGCAACGAAUCAGAUGAAGAAGACAACGACUACAGUACUGGACUUUACAACAAAGACUUUCAGACUUUUCGAUCUAARAGCACUGAUAACAUAGCAAGAGGAGAUUUUCUGAAGGUUUGUUUUGAUCCCUACUUGAGUUCAAGUCAAGGUGAAAAACUCGUUUGUUUUGGUGCUCAAUCUUCCUCUAAUCCGAGCGUGAUGUCUUCUAAGCUUGACCACGAUGUCUGCAAAACCUUACAACAGAAGUACCGUCAACAGAAAAAUGAUAAACAGCAGCCAAGGUGCAAUAGAUACCGUAAGUUGCAGGUAGAUAGUUCACCUUGUACAAAAUUGACAAGUGAAAAGUAUGACAGGAAAGAAAAAGAAAAACAAGAAGUUAAACAAAAUUCGAACCACAAAAUGAGCAUCCAUUCGAAGGAGAUACCACAAAUAUACGUACAAGAACAGUUCACAAAUGGCUAUCAACAUGAAGAUGUGGAAAACAGACAAUACCCUUUGCACCAAGAUAAAGUUAUAAGCUCAAAACAAUGUCAGGAGAAUCAACAAGGACAACAAAACAGCCAGGAGGAGAGUUAUAGUCURAAGCAACCACAGCCAGAAAMGAAACAGCAACAGCAAGAACUCCCACAGCAGAGAGAGAAACAGCAGGGAUAUCAAAAGCAGCCGAAGCUGCAACAACUUCAAAAGAAACAGCAACARCUUCAACAAGAAGAAGMAAAGCUAGAAAGAAAACAGCAACCACAACAGAACAGACAUCAGAAACAGCAAGGAUGCCAAAAGCAACAGUGUCUUCAUCAGCAAUCACAGCAAGAACAACAGCACUGUCUGUCAAAACAAGAACUGCAGCCACAAUCACUGCAACAUCAACAGCUUCACAAGCAACUGAAUCACCUGCAGAUGGAGUUAAAACAACAACAUCAGCUAAAACACAAUGAACAACAAUYUCAGCCGUCGUCUUCAAUGUCAUUUGUGCCAUGUCAGCUUGAGGGAGAAAGGAAAGCUGGACCACUUAAGCACAACAGCUCAACUUCACUAAAUGAUUCAGAUCAGCCUGGAGACAAGGAAGAAAUAUUUCAAGAUCUCACUAAGUUUAAUCUUGUAAAGAAAGAAGAAUUUCAAAGAAAUAAUCCAGUGGAUGCUACACAAAAUGCUUACACCAGCAUCACCAAUGGUUGCAUAAACCCAUGGGUUUUGAAACAWGCCCCAACAAACAAGAAACAACCCACAACAAGACUAACAAGACUAAACAAACCACUUAGACAAGAACAACUCAAGGCCAAGUCAUCUUCUCAAAUUCUCAAACUGAAUGAUGAUGAUGCUGAGCCAUACAAAGUCUGGAAAAGAMGUUCCUGGGCUAGUGGAAAUGUACAAUGUGAUUCUCCAAGAGAACAGUCGAGAGAUAUUGAGUUAGUGUUGAAAGGGACAGUACCAGUAAAAAAGCCUCCAAGUAAUGCRRCAAUUUUGUUGACUGUUCCCAAGACUAAAGUCAGACCCAGGAGUGAAACAAUGUGCUAGGCUUGUUGAAUCACACAUGUUAAUUCACACAUGUGCUAACUUCAUUUUAUAAUAAUGAUAAUAAUUAUCCUGAAUUGGGCAUGAUUUGAAACAGAUCUUAGCAUGAUUUAGUGGUCACUAAAUAGAGGGAUGAAGGGUAGGGAAAGAGCCAAAUGAAGUUAAGCUUGUGGUUUGGGGAAGCAGUAUACAGACAUCAUAAAUUAGAACUUCCACACAGGCUAUUCAGACAAUAACUGCAUGAAAUUUGACAAAAGUGUACAUUAUUGUAAAUCAACAAAAUAAYUAAGAAUUAGAACAGUUAAGCUUAUGGAUUCGAUACUGAUGCU